AUGGCAGCAGCAUUACAUUCCCUACUAACUAAUGCCAUUUUUAUUUUUAAGGUCAACAUCACCAACAGCUUCCAACAAGAAAAUGACGAUCUUACCAAUGACACAAAGGUGGGCCGGCUUCUGCGGCGAUCCAAGAGAAGAUGGGUUAUCACCACCUUGGAGCUGCAAGAGGAAGACCCAGGACCCUUUCCCAAACUUGUUGGGGAGCUGUUCAAUAAUGUACAUGAUAACACGGAAUUAAUGUACUUCAUCAGUGGACCUGGUGUGGAUGAACAUCCAGAGAUUGGCUUGUUUUCUAUAGAAGAUCACAAGAAUGGAAAAAUAUAUGUUCACCGCCCUAUUGAUCGAGAGAAAACACCAUCUUUUAUGAUUUGCUGUGAUGUUGCGAAACGCUUAACGGGAAAAAUUGUGGAUAAAUCCUUGAUUGUCAACAUCAGGGUCAGCGAUGUGAAUGAUCACGCACCCCAGUUCCCCGAGAAGGAAUUUAACAUCAGCGUGAAGGAGAACCACGAUGCAGGUCAACCUAUUUUUCAGAUGUUGGCCGUGGAUUUGGAUCAAGAAAACACUCCAAAUUCUCAAGUCCUUUACUCCCUGGCUUCUCAAACGCCGGCACCGAGAGAGCACGGCUUCCGGAUUGACCGCCUUAGCGGAGAAAUACGGCUGUCAGGAUGCUUAGAUUACGAGACCGCGCCCCGGUUCACGCUGCUCAUCGGAGCGAGGGACCGCGGGGACCCGCCGCUGUCGGCCUCGGCCACGGUGCACGUGCUCGUGCGGGACAGCAACACCCACGCGCCCGCCUUCGCGCCGGACAGCUAUAACAUUCAGGUUUCUGAAGGCCAAGUCAGCCAGGGCGUGUUACGUCUCCAGGUCCAAGAUGGUGAUUCUCCGUUUACGUCCGCGUGGAAAGUGAAAUUCAAUAUAUCGAAAGGCGAUGAAGAGGGACACUUUGACAUUCUGACUGAUCCCGAGACCAAUGAAGGGAUUUUAAAUGUUAUCAAGCCUUUGGACUAUGAGACUCACCCCGCAUGGAGCCUGGUCGUGGCCAUGGAGAACGAGGAGCCGCUCUUCUCCUGUGAGGCUGGACGCCUGCAGAAGCCCAGGAGGGCAGUGGCCAGCGCCACCGUGAGUGUGCAGGUGACCAACGCAAACGACCCGCCCGCCUUCCACCCCGCCACCUUCAUCGUCAGUGUGGCCGACGGCGCUGGGCCAGGGAUUCAGCUGGGAAUUUUUAAUGCUAUGGACCCAGACAGAACUGCCAGCCAGAUAAGAUACACACUGGCUUAUGAUCCGGCAGACUGGGUCACCCUAGAUGAGCGCUCAGGAGGGGUUAUCACCAGGAAGCAAGUUGACCGCGAGUCGCCUCACGUAAAUGACAGUUUUUACAUGAUCAUCGCUCACGCUGUUGACGAUGGUGUCCCGCCGCAGACAGGGACGGGGACCAUGCUGCUCUUCCUGUCCGACACCAAUGACAACGCCCCGACCCUCCACCCCGGGUCUCGACACCUGGAGGUCUGCGAGUCUGCAGGGGACGAGCCCCUCCUCAUCCAGGCAGAGGACGGCGACCUUGAGCCCUUCUCCGACCCCUUCACCUUCGAAUUGGACAAUACCUGGGGAAACACAGAAGACACAUGGAAACUGGGGGAAAAUCGGGGUCGGUCGGUGGAACUUUUAAUGUUGAGAAGCCUCCCACGUGGUGACUACUCUGUGCCGCUUUUCAUCGGAGACAAACAGGGACUUUCCCAGAAGCAGACUGUCCACGUGAGGGUCUGUUCCUGUCCGGACGGAUUCGUAUGUGCAGAGCCUUCUGUCGCCGGAGCCGAACUUCCUUGGGGGGCCCUGGCCCCUGUCUGUGCGGCGCUCGUGGCUCUGGCAGUCGCCCUGCUUUUCCUGCUGCGAUGCUGUUCUGUGUCUAAAGCCCAGAGGCAGGGGCACCCCACCCUGCAGGAGGAAGGCCUCCAGACCCUGAUCCCGUAUAAUGUCGAGGGCGGACCCGCGUGUACCCAGGGAAGGUCAGAUGUCAGGGAUCAGAUGCCAUCCCAGUCCGCCAACACCACUGAGGCGCACACUAAGUUAGGAGCCAAGGGUUGUGGCGUGCUUUUUGAGCCAAGAGGCGUGAAGAACAAGUACUCCACUCCUGUAAGUACAGGUCUGGGCUUCCUCCAGGCUCUCAGCCUUUGCCGGUCCUUCCUCCUCCUCGUGGCCCCUCUGCUCCUCAUCCUGAGAGGCCCGGGUGCAGGCUGGCUCUGCGGCGCGGACGUCUGGGAGGAUGACCCUGGCUGCCGGCCUCGCGUCUACACGGAGGAGGGCGAGUGCGAGCCAGCCGAGAGCCUCAGCUCCCUCGCCUUCUCAGAACACAAUCUGCUGCUUGACUUGCUGGACUCUCUGGGGCCAAAGGCUGCGCCACUGGAAGAAAUAUAUUCUGAGACGGCCAUUCUUUCCUUAAAAAAAAGCAUAUUUUGA